AUGAAGGUAUAUGUAUCAGACCUACUUAACAUAUUAUUUAAAAGUGUGGAUAAGGCGGAAGAGUUCUAUGCUUAUUACUCCUUCGUAGUCGGUUUCAGCUGGAAACGGGGGAGAAGUGAGCGGAAAACCUUAAAUGGCGAUGAGAUACUGCGGAAGAGGUGUUGGUUGUGUUCAAAAGAGCGCAUGUACAUGGGAAACAAAAAGGUAUUUGGGAAGAAGAAGAGAAAUGGCAUUCAAAGGGGACAAAAAUAUAGUGGGACAGAUUGUAAAGCCCAUUUGAACAUAAAGUAUGAUAAAGGCAGCGGAAAGUACAUUGUAUUGUCAUUUGAACUUGCUCACAACUAUGGAUUCGCAGAGGUUCACGAGACGCAUGUGCUGCGGUCGAAUAAGUAUGUUGAUAGGCAGGACAUAGAGGAGGUGAAAGCCCUAUUGUUGGCUAAUGUGUCUAUUAGCGGUGCUUUUGAUUUUAUGGUGAGGGAAAUGAGUGGCUCAGCAUUUGUAGGAUUCAAUCAAAAGGAUUUGUAUAACGCACUUCAAAGAGAGAAAAGACGAACUGCAGUACUUGGCGAUGCUGAAACUACAAUCAAUUGGCUGCGUAUGAAAGGCGCAGAGGAAGAACACUUUUUCUCUAGAUUCUGUAGGGAUGAAGAAGGAAGGUUGGCUCGUCUAUUCUGGAGUGAUCAUGUAUCUCUAGUGGACUACCGUAAUUUUGGCGAUGUUUUAGUAUUGGAUAGCACAUACAAAACCAAUGUAUAUGGGAUGCCUUUGUUGGUGUUUGUGGGUGCUAACAACCACAGAGCUAGUGUUGUCUUUGGAUGUGCUUUGUCGGCUGAUAAGAGGGAAGAAAGUUUUUGCUGGGUCAUUCUGACAUUCCUACAGUCAAUGGAAGGAGUUGAUAUGCCGAAAUCAGUUGUGACUGAUGCGACGAACGAUUAA